AUGGUCUUCUUUGAAUUGCAGAAAAUGGGACCCAACACUCUCUGCAAUUGCCAUGAGUAGUCACCAUUUUCCUUUUCUUAUAUAGACCAGCAAAUCUCAAGCUGUUGUCCUGUUUUUCAUAUCCUAAACUAUGGCAGCGACCCACCGGCCAUUUCAAGUGGGUGUCAUUGUGGUCCUGUUGAGCUUACUCAAUUUGCAGUUUGUUUUGAGUCAAUCCUUAGACAACGGUGCCUCACAACUCGAUAAUCCUGCUGUGCUUGAUUUAGUUACUCGAACUCUAUAUAAACGUAUAUACAAUCUCACUCAAAACCUUGUCGACAACCAAUUUGCGGAUGAAUUCAAAUUCUGCAUUCUAAAUCGAGAUGAAGAAUGGAACCAUGCCUUCAAUUACUCAUCCAAUAUCGCUUUUCUCAGUGCGUGUGUUACCAGAACUAAAGGGGAUAUUCAACGCAGGUUGUGUACUGCUGCAGAAAUUAGUUUCUACUUCAGUAACACCAUAACAUCAGGGUCCAAUUAUUUAACGCCCAACAGAAACUGUAAUUUGAUCUCUUGGGUUCCAGGCUGUGAACCAGGAUGGGCAUGUAGCACUGGCUCGGAUCAGAAUCCUGACUUAAGAAAUUCUCGAGAAAUACCAGCGAGAACUGUUGCUUGUCAGCCUUGCUGUGAGGGUUUCUUCUGUCCUAACGGUCUUACUUGUAUGAUACCCUGCCCUUUAGGUUCCUACUGCCCACUUGCCACACUCAAUGUGAAUACUGGAAUAUGCGAACCAUAUAGUUAUCAAUUACCUCCUCGGCAGCCAAAUCAUACUUGUGGUGGGGCAAACAUUUGGUCUGAUGUUCGCAGCAGCUCAGAGGUAUUCUGUUCCGCAGGAUCAUAUUGUCCAACAAAUACAGAGAAGAAUCCUUGCAGUAGUGGGAAUUACUGCCCCACAGGUUCUACGGCUGAGAAACCAUGCUUCAAGUUGACUUCAUGUAAUCCAAACACCUCAAGUCAGAAUAUUCAUGCAUAUGGGGCGAUGCUCAUAGCAGCUUUAGCCACGCUUCUACUUAUAAUUUACAACUGUUCGGACCAAAUCAUCACCAUACGAGAAAGGAGACUUGCUAGAUCCCGGGAAGCAGCUGCAAAAGUUGUAAAAGAAAAGAUACAGGCACGUGCAAGGUGGAAAGCUGCAAAAGAGGCUGCUAAAAAGCAUGCAGUUGAAUUGCAAGGCCAGCUUUCUCGUAAAUUUUCUCGCAAGCGAAAUGUCACAAGUGACAAGAUCACAGUACUGAAUGAGGAAUAUACUGAUACGGAUGGUAAUUCAUAUCCAUCAAAGGAGCGCAGUACUUCUUCAGUGUCCAAGAAAUCGCAAAGCGCAUCUGAGGUAGAGGAAACAGGAUCCAGUCCCUUGAUGGAGAUGAUUAAUGAAAUUGAAGAACAAACUUUUGAUAGUUCAGAAUCUUUCAGUUUGGAGAUCAAAGAAAAAAAUUUGAAAACCAAAAAGCCCAAAGCGAAAGAUAUUCAUACUCAUAGCCAAAUUUUUAAGUAUGCCUAUGCACAACUUGAGAGAGAAAAAGCUCAGCAACAGCAGAAUAAAAACCUUACUUUCUCUGGUGUAAUCUCAAUGGCCACAAAUACUGAUUUCAAGAAAAGACCUGUAAUUGAGAUAGAUUUUACAGAUUUAACUGUUACUUUGAAAGGAAAAAAGAAGCAUCUUUUACUAUCUGUUAAUGGAAAAAUCAUGCCUGGUCAUAUUACUGCUGUCAUGGGUCCAUCAGGAGCAGGUAAAACUACUCUCCUUUCAGCUCUGGCAGGAAAAGCUGUUGGAUGUACAACUUCUGGUUCCAUCCUUAUAAAUGGAAAAUCAGAACCAAUCUGUUCGUACAGAAAAAUCAUCGGUUUUGUUCCACAGGAUGAUAUUGUGCAUGGCAACUUGACUGUUGAGGAGAAUCUAUGGUUCAGUGCAAGGUGCAGGUUGUCAGCAGAUUUGCCAAAGCAAGACAAGGUUCUCAUUGUUGAGAGAGUCAUUGAUUUCUUGGGCUUACAGAGUGUGCGGGGUUCCUUGGUUGGAACAGUGGAGAACCGAGGUAUCUCUGGAGGCCAACGGAAACGAGUGAAUGUGGGGCUAGAGUUGGUAAUGGAACCAUCACUUCUAUUUCUGGAUGAACCUACAUCUGGACUGGACAGUUCAUCUUCUCAAUUACUUCUUAGAGCACUUCGACGUGAAGCCCUAGAAGGAGUCAAUAUAUGCAUGGUUGUCCAUCAGCCAAGCUACACCUUAUUCAAGAUGUUUGAUGAUUUGAUACUCUUAGCAAAAGGUGGUCUUGUAGUCUACCAUGGUCCUGUAAAGAAAGUCGAAGACUACUUUGUAGGCCUUGGUAUUGAUGUCCCAGAACGAGUUAAUCCUCCGGACCACUUCAUAGAUAUUUUGGAAGGGCUGGUGAAACCAAGCACUAGUUCAAAUGUGAACUACAAGGAGCUUCCUGUGUUGUGGAUGCUUCACAAUGGUUAUUCUGUGCCCCCAGAUAUGCAACAGAGUGCUGCUGUGCCUGCAUCUUCACCAGUGGAAUUAAACAUUGGCAAUCAAGCAAUUUUUGAUCAUGUAACAGAGGAAAAUUCCUUUGCUAGCGAAAUGUGGCAAGACAUGAAGACUAACGUGGAGCGGCAACGUGAUAUUAUACUGCACAACUUUAUGAGGUCAAAUGACCUCUCCAACCGGAGAACUCCAAAUGUUAUUCUGCAAUAUAAGUACUUCAUUGGAAGAGUAAGUAAGCAAAGAUUACGAGAAGCAAAAAUGCAAGCAAUAGAUUAUCUCAUUCUCUUGGUUGCUGGAGCUUGCUUAGGAUCACUAACCAAAGUGAGGGAUGAAAGCUUUGGCGCACCUGGCUAUACACACACAAUAAUUGCUGUCUCUUUGUUAUGCAAAAUUGCGGCUUUGAGGACAUUUGCAUUGGACAAGUUACAGUAUUGGAGAGAAAGUGCUUCGGGCAUUAGUAGCAUUGCUCAUUUUGUUGCCAAAGAUACAAUAGAUCAUUUCAACACUGUGAUUAAGCCUGCUGUAUAUCUAUCAAUGUUCUACUUUUUCUGCAAUCCAAGAUCUUCAUUUGCGGAUAAUUACAUUGUGUUACUGUGCCUUGUGUAUUGUGUGACUGGAAUGGGUUAUGCAUUCGCCAUCUUCCUAGCACCAGGUCCCUCCCAGCUGUGUUCGGUUCUUGUUCCUGUGGUUUUGACGCUUAUUGCGUCUCGCACUGAUGGUGGUAAAUUCCUCAAGAUCUUGGCAGAUUUAUGCUAUCCAAAGUGGGCGCUGGAGGCAUUUGUCAUUGCAAAUGCCGAAAGGUAUUAUGGUGUAUGGCUCAUAACUCGUUGUGGUGCACUUAUGAACUGGGGAUACAGUCUCCAUGAUUGGGGUCUUUGUUUGUGCAUUCUCCUCCUCAUAGGUUUAGGUAGUCGUAUCAUUGCUUUCAUUGGCAUGCUAAGCUUCCAGAAGAAGUGAAAUUGAUUAUUCAUGUCAGUUUUCUUUGUUGUUAUCAAUUUUUUUAGAUGAUUCUAUCCUCCAUUCCUGUGUAAAUAUAUAUAAUUUUUCAUCUUGUGCAAUGAAAUUAUUUAGCCCUUC